UGUGAGUGGAUGGAAAAAGCGUCAUCGGUCUCCUAGCAGCGGUGUGUGUGAGAGCGUGAACUACACGAUUUCCCAGAAGAGCCCCGUCCAACUAAGCAAAUGGGGCUUUUUGACAAGCUUGCAGGAUGGCUGGGCCUAAAGAAGAAGGAAGUAAACGUGCUGUGUUUGGGUCUGGACAACAGUGGAAAAACUACCAUCAUCAACCAGCUAAAACCAUCCAAUGCUCAGGCUCAAGACAUUGUCCCAACUAUAGGAUUCAGCAUAGAAAAGUUUAAGACCUCAAGUCUUUCUUUCACAGUGUUUGACAUGUCAGGACAGGGAAGAUACAGAAAUCUGUGGGAACACUAUUACAAGGAGGGGCAGGCCAUCAUAUUUGUGAUUGACAGUGGAGAUAAACUUAGAAUGGUAGUGGCAAAAGAGGAACUGGAUACCCUUUUGAAUCACCCUGAUAUUAAGCACAGGAGAAUACCUUUACUCUUUUUCGCCAACAAGAUGGACCUCAGGGAUGCUUUGUCAGCAGUAAAGGUCUCCCAGCUUUUGUGUCUGGAAAACAUUAAGGACAAGCCAUGGCAUAUCUGUGCUAGUGAUGCAGUGAAAGGAGAAGGUCUUCUAGAGGGUGUAGACUGGCUGCAAGAACAAAUUGCACUAUCAAAUCAGAGCGAUGAAAACGUAAAACCCUCCUGAAAGAAAAAAAAUAAAAUAACCUCCAAGGUCACCUGUUACAAUGGCAAAACCUGACAAAACCAGAUCUUCAGCUUUGGGCACAAUGACAGUGUGUGUGAAUUUAAAAUCAGUUCAGUUUUACUGUAAUAAAGACACUGUGUAGCUUGAUUAUGACCCUAUUUGCACCAACUGUCAAUGUCUCAAUUGAUCACAAAUGGUUAGUUGAGAAAUCUUUGUAAAUCUCAUCACAAAAGUUAUUGAUUAUUAUUUAUUAGCAGGUUCUCUGUUGUUUAGCAUAUAUAAGCACACUAAAGAGUUAACAAUAAAAAUGCAUUUCUGACUACCACCUCUAAAAAAAAUGUUCGGUACCCUUUUUAUCCAGUGUGGUUUUAUCCAGGGGCUGUUCACAAUUGGCAUCUUUUGUUCGUGCAAGUUCGUUAUUUCCAAAGUAGGCGAUGUACUUUGCUAGUCCAGGCACACCGCCUUAAAAACAUCUUAACUUUUCAGAAUGCUGCUAGUGUACAUGACAAGAACUGACCAAUCAGCUUCUUACUUUGUAUAGAAAAAAUCACAUUUCUGUAGUUUAAUUACCUCAGACAAACACAGAACACACACACACUGCAGCACUUUUUAAUUUUCUCAAUAAAUAAUACUUGUAUCAGAGCUGCAGCAAUGUUUUGUCAGUUCGUCAUCCCAGCAACGGCAGAUGGACAUUGAAACGCGAGUGCAAAACAUGUUUGAAAAUAGUGAAGGAAGUGAUGUGCCUCACGCUUUCCAUGCAAUUUUAGACACAAAAGAUGAAUAGCCCCUAACUCAGUUCUGACAUGUUUUACUCAUCUGAGCUGGGGUGUAAAUUGGUCUGUGACACUAUAUAAAUGUUCCAUAACAUCCUAAAAAUAUGAACGCUAUACGUCUUGCCUACCAAUGCUGCAGAAAUGUGUUUCUCGACUUCAUUUUUGUGGGCCCCAACACUGCACAUUUUGCACGUCUUCUUAAUUAUACACAACUGAUUUAACUCAUUAGCUCAUUGGAGACUCCAAGAGCUGAAAUAGUUGUGUCGGGUUCAUAAGACAUGUAAACUGUACCGUUUUAGGGGGGGUCUCCAGAAACAUGAAUGAAAAGCAUUUGUGUAGAGUGAUUCUGCUGAGAGAGCAAGAUGAAUUGUAAUCACCUAUGAAUUGAUUUAAAAUAUUAGCAGACUAAUCUUUUUUUUUUUUUUAUCUUAGCUAUGUGCGUUUAUAAAUCAAUUAAAAUUACUUAUGAGCACUGUUCAUUUCAUCGCUCUAGAAUGUAAAAUCAGUCAAAGCUUGUUACUGUAGUAAUGUUAUGUACAGUAGUAAUAUUUACUUACUAUUUUGCUAUGAUAAACUAUUCAUGCAUUGCACGCAUGUUGCCUCUGAACCGUUUAAUUAUAACAGUGUUGUUCUUUUGUUGUAGUUUUUUUUUUUUUUUUUUUUUUUUAGUGUGACUGCUUAAACUGUCAAAAAGGACACAUUCCUCUUUGUUCUGGAUUUAUUUUUUUCCCAAUAUCAGGUGUGUUUUAAAUGGAAUGGUUGAUGCAUUUUUUGUCAUUUUAUUUCGAUUUUACAAAUGUAUUUAUUUUCUAAACAUUUCACUGAAAUUUUGCAGUUCCUUUCUUGCUGUUUUUAUUCAACAUUAAGGGUUCUUGUAAUAGCACAUGUAAAGAAUAAACAGAAAUGUUGGGGCUUAGA